AGUUUGAAGCUUUUACCGUAAGGAAUUGGAAUCUAUAGACGUAAGCUGAUAAUAAACUCUAUAAAUAAGGGUUAAAGAGUACCAAACCUAGGCUUGAAGACGCCACUACAACAGCAUCUUCCAGGGCCUCCUCCUCCUCCCUUUUCCUAAAAGCUACUGAAGCUCUUUUCUCUUCAACUUACAAACACUGGACCUCUUAUCUACCGUACCAAAUCCCCAAAAAAGCAUGGUCGUACCCAACUCCACCAUCAAAUUCCUCUGUAGUUACGGCGGUAAAAUCCUUCCUCGUUACCCUGACGGCAAACUCCGUUAUCACGGCGGUGAAACCCGUGUUCUCGCCGUUGAUCGCUCCAUUUCCUUCUCCGAGCUGUCGCUGAAGAUGGGAGAGAUGUGUGGGACAACGGUGAGUUUACGUUGCCAGUUGCCAACUGAGGAUCUAGACGCGCUGGUUUCGAUCACUUCCGAUGAGGAUCUCGCGAAUCUCAUCGAGGAAUACGAUCGAGUGGCAUCGCCACCAUCUUCGUUAAAGAUCAGAGCUUUCCUUUCGCAGCCAAAAUCCACCAAAAAACCAAUUUCUCCUCCUCCUUCUUCGUGGGCUUCGUCUUCAAAGUCCUCAUCAUCAUCCCCUCUCAGGUUCUCUUCCAUACGUCAGAUAUCGGGGACUUCCGUCGCUUUUCCUCUUGUCUCGGAGAAAUCUGCGGGGAAGAGUGUUCCUUACUAUGGUUACCAUGUUCAUAUUGGCAAACCAAGUCAUUUUUACCUUAUUCGUAACGGGAAUCACUGGCAAUAGCAGCAGGUCAAAAGAAAUGAAGGAUCAUGAUCUAUUAACCUGUUAUGAUCCUGUUUGAGUUCGCGAAGAACAAGUAAAAGAAUACUACCCAUAGAAGAAAAAAAAAAAAAAAAAGUUAAUCUAUAUGAUGUAUUUGGAACUGUAAAUCGUUUAAGGACUGUUUUGAUGAUGCUUGGCCAUUAAUGAAUUUUCCAUCCAGUUUCGGUUUGGGUCAUCUCCCAAAAAGCCCAAAUAUUUUUUUUCUGAUGGUCAAUGAAGAUCAUAUUAACUGGGGCGGAAUGAAAUACCAAGCAUCCUUUGAAUGAUCUGAGGUGGCAAUGGGCGGAAUGUAAUUGAUUUUCAUUUUUGAUCAGAUUGGAUGUAAUAAUUACAUAGGGACAAAGCUGCAUCGAAUCAAUGGUUGUUUCAAUACCAAACAAAUUCCAAGUAGCAAUAGCAAUAAAUUUUGGAAGCAUAAGGGGACCAUUGGAAGAAUCAGAUGAGUUAUUACCGGAAUUUAUUGAACAUCAA